AAAAAAUUCCCCAUCCAGAACUAGAAAAUUUAUUAGCUUUAGCCCAAGCGUAGGAGCUGUUUAGCCAGUCAGUCUUAUCGCUCCACGACUAUGUCACGCCCUCUAUAUAACACGACGCAGCUCCCAAAACAGCUCCGAGAGGAGCUAGGCCUUCCAGACCCCACGAAUGCGCGUAGAGGGGAUCGCCGACACAAUGCGCGCCUCUCCCGCAAAGAGCAGCGGAAAGUGGAGCGGGCGAACAACAAAAGGGCGCAGCAUGGGCAGCGAGGGAAAUUGUCUCAAGGAGGCGCGCGGGAUGGCGAUGGAAAUAUGCGAAGAAGUGCUCCGUCUAUUGGUAGACAGGCGAGCGGGAAAACGAAACUGAAUGCGAAGCUGAAUGCGGGAACGGCGCCAAAGUCGAUUUUGAAGACGCGGAGAGAAGCCGAUGAUGAGUUUGAGGUUGAAUCAGAGGAGGAGGAGGAGGAGGACCUGGAAGAAGGUUCUAAGAGCGGAAACGAGAGUUCUACAGUGCGACCUAGAAUAUCGAGAGCUGUGGAGGAGAAACUGGCGGCGGACGAUAUGGAGAUAUCUGCGCUAGAGAAAAAGUUGGGUAUUAAGGGGAAGAAAGGGAAGCUGCCACAAUCGUUUUAUGAUGAGGGAUUAGCAGAUUUGCUUGGUGAUUUGGAUGGGGGUGAUUCGGACGAUGAGUCGCGGAAGAGGAAGAGGGAAGGGGAUGAGUGGUUGCAACGGAAGAGACUGAAGGCGCAGGCAGUAGCUAGAAAGACCCAGAAGACGAUGGAGGCGGCUAGUGACGAAGAGAGUGAAGAUGAGGAUUCUGAAGAUGAGGGCAGUUAUGCGAGUGACGAGAAUAGCGAGAGUGAUGACGAGAAUAAAUUUGAAGGAUUUGAUGACGAAGAACAAGAGGGCUCACCUCCCAAACCAAAAACGCGAGAAAACCCUUACGUCGCCCCAGUUGUGGCCUCGGAACCAGCUACACGCAAAUACAUACCCCCAUCCCUCCGAGCUCCAUCGUCCAGCGAAGCCGAGUCCCUAACCCGUCUACGACGGCAGGCCCAGGGCCACCUUAACAAACUCUCUGAAGCAAAUCUCGUUUCGAUCCUUCGAGAUGUCGAGAAGCUCUAUCAGGAUUAUCCACGGCACAGCGUCACUACUACACUAAUCGACCUGCUGAUGGGUAUGGUGUACGAUCCAAGUACUCUCCAGGACACAUUUAUCAUUCUGCACGCAGGCUUCAUAGCGGCUCUGUAUAAGGUAUUGGGCAUGGACUUUGGGGCGGAGUUUAUAGAACGGAUCGUUAAAAAGUUUGAUGAGGAUUAUGAAGGGAAGGAUGGCGGGCUCAGUAAACAGAUGGUUAAUGCGAUUUCCUUAUUGUCGCAUCUUUAUAACUUCCAUGUUAUCGGAUGUAGCUUGAUUUUCGACUAUAUCCGCCUCUUCCUGAAGGAAAUAAAUGAAGUGAAUACGGAGCUACUUCUGAAAAUGAUUAGAAAUUCCGGGCCCCAACUCCGACAAGACGACCCGUCCUCUCUCAAAGACAUAAUCCUCCUGAUCCAACCCGCAGUCUCCCAAAUCGGCGAGGCCGCCUUAUCCGUCCGCACGAAAUUCAUGAUCGAAACAAUGACAGACCUGAAAAACAACAGAAUGAAAACUGGAGCCACAGCAUCCGCCAUCUCAUCCGAGCACAUCACACGCAUGAGAAAAAUCCUCGGAUCGCUCAACAACUCGCGCACCAUCCGUGCCAGCGAGCCCAUCCGCAUCGGCCGCACAGAUAUCCACAACUCCACCAAGAAGGGGAAAUGGUGGCUAGUGGGUGCAAGUUGGAAAAACGACGACGAUCCAACCAACCAAUCUGCGCCGGUUGUUAUCGAUGCUGCGGCAGCUCUGCCUGACACGCUGGCCGAUGACAUCGGUGGUAAUGAAGUCGAUCUCGCACAGCUAGCCAGAGCCCAUCGCAUGAAUACUGACGUUCGGCGAUCCAUAUUUGUGGCAAUCAUGUCCGCGGCCGAUUGUCGUGAUGCCCAUGUCCGGCUUGCGAAGCUACGAUUAAAACGCAACCAGGAGGGAGAGAUCCCCCGCGUUGUCCUGCAUUGCGCGAUGGAGGAAGAAGCACAUAAUCCGUAUUACACGCUUAUAGCGCGGAAGCUCUGCGGGGAGCGGAGAAUGAAGAUGGCGUUCAUGUUCUCGUUAUGGGAUGUGUUUAAGCGUAUGGGUGAGAAGGGUGAUAUGGACGAGGAGGAUUUCGAUGCCGAUAUCGAUGAAAACAGCGAUAAUGCUGUGACCAGCAAAGCUAUUGUGAAUCUGGCGAAAAUGUUCGGUAGCAUGGUUGCGGAUGGUGCGCUUACCUUGGGCAUCCUCAAGGUCUUGGACUUUGCGUACCUGCAGCCGAAGACGAAGACGUUCGUUGAGUUGCUGCUUGUGACUGUCAUGGUACAGACGCAGCAGAAGAGGUUAAGGAAACUGCGGAGGAAUGAACAAGCGCCGUCAGGUUCUAAGGAAGCGGAUGGAGAAGAAUUUGACGAAAAGGCACUGGCGGAUGUGUUCAUGAGAACCCGGGAGACGCCGCAGAUUGUCCCGCGCCUAAUUUACUUUAUUCGCAAGGUUGUUGCGAAGACGGAUAUUGUGGCGUCAAAGAAGGAAAAGAGGAUCGUUAAAUGGGCAAGCAAUAUUGCUUUGGAUACGCUGAAGGUCGUAUCUCGGGCUGUUGAUGAUUCUUGAUAUCCUUCUCAGUUGUCCCUCGAUUCGUAUGCAUAGCGUGUAAGCGAGUAGAGUGAAUGCUUUCCACCCAUGUAUUACAACAGGACCAUAAUAUGAAGAUUGCAUCAUCUUUUCCCACCUCUAGUAUCUUAUGUAUCAAUGCCCAGCUUUGGAAAUAUGUCAGUUAAGGCUUGUAGAUGCUUUACUGAUGGUGAAGACCCAUGCCGAUAUUCCGAUAGGCCGGGCCCAUCCCCAUCUCUAGGAAGGAGAAAGCUAUCCCAACCAGCAUUGAUAGCCCCUUCGUAAUCGUUUUCAUAAUGAUCUCCAAUAUGUAUACAGGUCCAAUCUGUAUCUUUGGGCAAUAAAGAUCCAUCACUCUCAAUGCACUUCUUUGCCCUCUCUUUAGCAAAAUCAAAAAUCUUUCGAUGAGGCUUCUCCUCUCCAGCCUCAUAGCUAGUAACGAUAAAAUCGAUAUCAGC